UUCUGUGUUGACGUCAUGCAGCGUCUAGCAGUCUUUUACCGCGCUUGGCUUGGUCGGUUAACAAACAUAGCAAAACACAGUCCCGAGAUUAGCAGAACAACCUCCAGAGUGUCCAUCAGUUGGAAGACCAUGGAAGAAGUUGAGCAGCCGAAGCAUGUUCACCUAAACGGCAGCACAACUAAGAAGAGGGAAGACUACCUGGAAUGGCCAGACUACUUUAUGGCUGUAGCCUUCCUGUCAGCCCAAAGGAGCAAAGACCCAAACUCACAGGUGGGGGCCUGUAUAGUGAACGAGGAGAACAAGAUAGUUGGCAUUGGUUACAAUGGUAUGCCCAACGGCUGUGAUGAUGACCUGCUGCCGUGGUCCCGCUCUGCUGACGACCGGCUUGACACUAAAUACCCUUACGUGUGCCACGCAGAGCUGAAUGCCAUCAUGAACAAGAACAGCGCUGACGUGAAAGGCUGCACCAUGUAUGUGGCUUUGUUCCCCUGCAACGAGUGUGCCAAGCUCAUCAUCCAGGCUGGUAUAAAGGAAGUGGUCUAUCUUUCUGAUAAGUACCAUGAAUCACCAGAGAUGGUCGCUUCCAGGAGACUGCUCAGUAUGGCAGGCGUACAAUACAGGCAGUUCAAGCCCAAGAGGACCGAGAUUGUCAUUGAUUUUAAUUCCAUUAACCACCCUGGAAUACUGAACAGCGUGACCAAGUGAAAAUGCAAAAGGCUCACCUUGGGGAGCUGCUGAAUGAGGCGGGAAGUAGAGGGAGACUGACAAGAUUGAAAGGGACUUUGAUGCCUCUUUUCUGUAUGUCUUCUUGCCCCCUGCUUUGUCCAAAGGAAAACUCAAGGAUACCUCGACUUUGGCGUCUUUUGAUAUUUUGAUUAACCGGAUAUUCAAGAUAGUUUAAUUUGACGCUUUCGCUCUUUGUGGAUGGUUGUGGCAGAAGGUCUUUCAAUGCUGCUUUCACGCUUUUUUUUUUUUUCCCCCUUUUAAAACUCCCUUUGGGUUUAGCUGUACACAAGGGCUCUGAACACACUUUCUUGAGUGUUUGAUUUUAAAAUCUUUUGUGUUGUGAAUCAGAUCUUCCAGCUCAUGGCUGUCUGCACAGGGGAGAACCAGAAUGUGUUUAAUUCCUCCUUCAAACAAGGUUCCAGAUUAAUAAAGAGGCACCUUGACAUUUACUGCAUUUGACCUUUCCCAUUCACAGUGAAAGCUGCUCUCAGGAAAUCAGUCUUUAUGCAAUUUGGUUCAUCAAACCUGUCUGCAGAAAGUAGCCACUGUUAAACGUUGCCUGGGUUUUACUUUCAAUUGUAUUUUUUCUAUUGAUGCUCUAAUGGGUAUCAGCUGUACUGGCAAGUAAAUUUGGAAACAGUAUUUUAAGAAUAACUCUUGAGUCUUUGGCAGCACACCUAUGACUAAUGCUGCAUUUACAUCCUCCUCAGAUGGUCCCAUUUCCUGAGUUGGGAAGUCGUUCUUCCAACUAUGUUGUGUUCAUGGGCUUUAAGUCGUUAUGUGGAAACAGUAUGUGCGCCACAAAGAAGCUUUUUUGCACAUCCCCUAAAACUAUUGAAAUAUUGCUUUACCUGAGUAAUGCUAAUAAAUCAUUUUUCUAACUAAUUUAGGUUGCUCUACAUGAAUAAGAUGACAGUUAUAAUGUAAUACCAUAUUACAAAUUACAGCUGAGCAAAAUAUUGACGUGCAAUAUGUGAAUUUAAAAAAAGACUGAACUGAACUUUUUUUUGUCGGCCAUGUUUCUGCAUACAUGCGUCAACUCGGCAGCUUGUGUACCAGAAUUUGGCCUGACUUUCUUUGUUGUUGUUGUGACUUGAGUUUCUUAUUCCACCAGCUCAUAAAUGCACCUAUGGUAGCUCUGUUUCUUCAAAACUAACAAAAAUAAUUGUUUUGAUUGAAUGACGAAAUGACCCCAGUUUGCAGAUUAGAAGAACUAAUGGAGCUGCUUGUGAGUGGCACAAUUAUUCCAACAUCAGCUGUCCUCUUAUUGUUACCCACUAUAUAUGUUACUGUAUGUUUUAAAAAAUAUUCCUUGUAGGGGAUAUGGAUCUUAGUUUUAAUGACCAUUUUUCAUUUUUUCCGCAAAAUGUGUCACAGUCUUUAGUUAGUGGGACAAAGUUUCUGUAAGGUUUUAUUGUAAAAUGUCUAUUUUCAACUGUAGUAAGAUGAGGCAGCAGAUUCUCCUCUUAGUAUCUCUUAUGACACUGUAUUUAUUUUGGUUUCUUUCACGGAACCGAACAGCCUACUCACCCGAAGGAAAUGUUGGCAUUGUACGUUACAUUUGCACGUUGUUAUGUAUCCAUUAUGUUUAAACUUGACGGCAAUGAGUCGUUACAAAACACCCACAUUUGGUGCCUAAAAAGCUGCUGGAAACACAGCAAUGACUCGCUAAAUUAGUUGCAUGGUUUUUGUGCCCAAACCUAACCACACGCAUACCCCAGUGCUGAAAUGUAAAGUUUCAACAUAUUCAAUACAUAAUGUGCAAAUUUAAUGUAUCUGUGGUUUGCAGAAACGCAUGAUUCCAACAUUUAUUCUAGUGUUUGGGAUGCAUAUAAAGGCUUUUAAAAAUACCUAUCUGUGGCUCAUGAUACUACAUUGUUUUCAAGACUACCUGUCAUUAAGAUGAGAACAGCUGAUUCUUUUGGUCAUAUUGUCUAAUAUGCUGUACAAGUGUAUGAAAGCUAGUCAUUCCUUCAUAAUGUGUCUGUGUAAUGAAUCAAUGUACAUGACCAGAAAGCACUUGUCAGUUCUGUGACUUCAUACCAUCAUGUCCGCUGUGAGUGCAGCUGAAGUCAAUAAAACUUUUGGGC